UCUUCAGCAGAGAAGGACAACCUAGGUGAGCAUGCCCAGCCUUCCCCUGCUGCUGCUGCUCUGGGGCGUGGGGGUUCACGUCUUCAUAGCGCCUGCUGAAACACGAGAGCGAGAUGCCACGAUGAUCCAGAAAUAUCUACAAAAGUACUACAACUUGAAGACUGGAACCAACAAAUCUGGAGGGCAGAGAAACAGCGGUUUAGUGGUUGAGAAGCUGAAGGAAAUGCAGAAAUUCUUUGGGCUGAAGGUGACUUGGAGGCCAGAUGCCGAGACCCUGCACAUGAUGCAGCAGGGCUGGUGUGGGGUGCCCGACGUGGCUCCCUAUGUCCUCACUGAGGGGAACCCUCGAUGGGAGCACACAGACCUGACCUACAGGAUUGAAAAUUACACACCAGAUCUGCCAAGAGCAGAGGUGGACCGUGCCAUUGAGAAAGCCUUUCAACUCUGGAGUGAUGUCUCACCCCUGAACUUCACCAAGAUCUCUGAGGGUCAAGCAGACAUAAUGUUAUCCUUUGGGGAGGUAAAUCAUGGCGAUAAGUCCGACUUUGGCAGAAUCAGAAGCCCACUUCCUCAUGUGUUCCCGCCAGGAAGGGGCAUGGGAGGAGGUGUUCAUUUUGAUGAGGAAAAAACAUGGACCGAUGACUUCAGAAACUACAACUUGUAUUAUGUGGCGGCACAUGAGUUGGGCCAUUCCCUUGGACUACUCCAUAGUGAUGACAUUGGCUCUUUGAUGUUCCCCAGAUACGUCUACUAUGGUGAUGCCCUGCUGUCUCCGAAGGACAUCGAUGCCAUCCAGGCCAUCUAUGGACCUUCCACAAAUCCCAUCCAGCCGAAAGAACCGCCAAUCCCACGAGCCUGUGAUAGCAAGUUAACAUUUGAUGCUGUCGCCAAAAUUCGUGGAGAAUCAUUCUUCUUUAAAAACAUGUUCUUCCUAUGCACAGGUGUCUUCUACGAAACACUGGAUCCCGAUGUCAUUUCUGACUUAGGUAACGGAGUAGACGCUGCUUAUGAGGUUGCUAGAAGAGAUGAAGUUUUCUUUUUUAAAGGUGGUAAAUACUGGGCCAUCAAGGGGCACCGGGCACUCUAUGGCUAUCCCAGGGACAUCUACAGCUCCUUCGGCUUCCCCCAAAGGCUGAAGAAAAUCGAUGCUGCCGUUCACGAGGAGGAGACUGGGAUGACGUACUUCUUUGCUGCCAGCGAGCUUUGGAGGCAAAGACAGGCAGAUGGUCAGAUCACUCAGCGGAAGGAGUUGCCUUUUCAAAAAUCAUUCUCAAACCCUGCAGAACCUCCAUCCUCCCUUGGUGAAUGGACGCAGCUAGACCAAGAGUCACUCGGAAGCCUCUCUGUUAUCGUCACGCCAUGUCUGUCCUUGCGAGGCAAGGGACCUGUAGGAUGGAGUUGAAAAGGACGACAGAAAGCGGGAACAGAAAGGAACCUUCUUUCCCACGGUAUGAUGAGAACACACAGUCCGUGGAUGCGGGUUUUCCCCAAGAGACAACUCAAGACUUUCCCAGAAUUGGCAAAAAAGUUGAUGCUGUCUUCCAAGAUGGAGGAUUUCUAUUUCUUUCGUGGAAAAAGGCAGUACAAAUUUGAUCCUAAAACCAAGCAAAUUUUGACUGUCCUGAAAACCAACAGCUGGUUCCACUGCAGAAGUAAAUGAUGAUUGACUAUCACACAGGAGAAAAGAAAAAAUACCCCUGAUGAGCCCAGGGGAGGUGUUUCCCUGAGGACCCAGAUAUUUCAGUAUUUUAUUCUUGUCUCUCGACGAUACUGAGGCACAGGCAUAUGAGUACAAUCUGAUUUAACCUCGAUCUGGAGAUAGUCUGGGUUAACGAGAUUGUACUCCUUCACGAACUUCCACACCUUAGCUUGACCUGAGUGCUGAGGGUCUCAUGGCUGUAGCUCAUCCCUAGGUUUACCUACAGAAAAGCUUUUUGUCAAUAUUCUAUGAUAUGUUAAGUAAUUAUGCUUCUCAAGAUAACACCUUCUCACAUGUUGUGUCUGUAAGGCUAGGCAAGCUCACCAUGAAGUUUGUGGGAGGACAUGUACAGAGUUUCAAGCACAUUCCUUUCUCAUGGUGGAGGCAUCACCUGAGGGGAAAGGGCUGGUUAUUGACCCACCUCUCUGGUUUUGACUACAAACUAAGCCUUAGGUCAAAUAACGGAACGGA